AAACGAUUGGGGAGGGGACUUUUGGGAAAGUUAAAUUAGGAACGCACGUUGCAACGGGCGAACGAGUGGCCGUGAAAAUACUCGAAAAGGCGAGGAUAGUUACGCAAGCAGACGCCGAGCGAGUAACUAGAGAGAUUAGGAUCCUCCGGUCCCUCCGACGAUCGCCGCAUGUGGUACAACUGUUUGAAAUAAUGGAGACUCCUGAAGCGAUCUUUAUGGUGAUGGAGUAUGCUAGUGGAGGGGAGCUCUUCGACUACAUUGUCGAAAAUGGGAAGAUCAGCGAGUCGGAGGCGUGUAAGUUCAUCAGGCAAAUAAUCAGUGGCGUUUGCAGCCUGCAUAUGAGGAACGUGGUUCAUCGGGACCUCAAGCCCGAGAAUUUACUCCUCGAUAAGAACCACAAUAUUAUCAUCGCCGAUUUGGGCCUGUCUAAUUUCUUCCAUCCGGGGGAGCCUCUACAGACCGCAUGCGGGUCGCCCUGCUACGCUCCGCCCGAAAUGGUUGCAGGUUUACCUUAUGAUCCUCCCAAGUGCGACGUUUGGAGUGUCGGAGUUGUAUUAUAUGCGAUGGUUUGUGGACAGCUGCCUUUUGAAGACCAUCACACACCAUCAUUGUAUAAGAAAAUACUCGAGGGUGUGUUCAAGGUCCCGAAUGAAUUUAAAACAUCUCGUGAAGUGCGGCGAUUGAUUUUUCGGAUGCUCACGCCGAAUCCAAAUGAGAGGCCUUCCUUCGAGGAGCUCCGAAGGACGGACUUGUUUUUACGAGG